UGGUCCUCACACUGUGGGCUGUGCGCUGUAGUGAGGAGAGGAGAGGAGAGGAGAGGAGAGGGGGGGUUAACAGCGCAGUAUCUCUCUCUCAGCAGAGCAGCUCUCCCUCCAUCCACACACACAACCAACCAACCAACCAGCCCCACACACUGCUCCUCUCCCCCUCACACUCCCACUACAUCACUCCAGCACGAGCACGAGGAGGAGGAGGACCAGCCCACCUGACCACACGGCGAGCGCACCUCCACAGCAUGGACGCGCUCAAAUCCGCCGGCAGAGCCAUCAUCAAAAGUCCGGGAGUCCCGCGGCACACAUGGGGAACCACCAAGCACGAGAAGCUUCCAGAGAAUUGGACGGACACUAAAGAGACCCUUCUGGAGGGGAUGGUUUUUAAUGUGAAAUACCUGGGCAUGACACUGGUGGGCCAGCCAAAAGGAGAGGACAUGGCAGCUGCAGCUAUCCGGAGGAUUGUCACCACGGCUCGUGCCAGUGCGAAGAAGUUCCGGAAGGUGACCCUCAAUGUCUCUCCUAAAGGAAUCAUACUUACAGACACAGAGACCAGCGACCUUAUUGAGAACGUGUCUAUUUACAGAAUUUCCUACUGCACAGCUGAUAAAACUCAGGAUAAGGUGUUUGCCUACGUCUCACAGAGUCAGUUCAAUGAAACUCUGGAGUGCCAUGCCUUCCUCUGCCAAAAGAAGAAAAUCGCCCAAGCCGUCACCCUCACCGUAGCACAGGCAUUUAAAGUGGCUCUGGACCUCUGGGAGAUUGCCCAGGAAGACAAAACUAAGAAGGCUCACACAUGCUGUUCAGGUGGCGUCCCUCAGGUGGAAAUAAAACCUCACUGUGAUUCAGAGGCUGAGAAGACUCAGGCACUGAUGGAGCACAAGCUGAGGAAACCCUUCUUUACAUCUUCUAUCCAUUCUACAUCUCCACGCAGUAACCCUACCCGGAGACGGCCUAUCAAACACGACUCCUGGGAUGUGGAAGAUGGCCUCGAAGACACGUUUUCAAGCAAUAUGGAGGUGGAGGAGAUGGACACAGGUAAGUGAGACUGGCAGAGUCCCGCUCCAGAACGGUGUCUGAGGAUGCAGCUGUGAGCCCUCUGAAGAGGACUUCACGUCUCUCAGCGGUGAAGAGUCUGAUUAAACACAAACACAUACACAAACUCACACACUCGCCAGUCUGCUGACUCUCCAGUCUGCUGUCAACAACCCUCAUGCCACACUUUACUACUUUACAGAAAGUACAAAGAACUCUUUACAAAUUGCCACACUUCUGGAGUGCAGAGAAGACCACUGCCCUUUAUCUCUGGACUGAAAGUAUAGGAGAUGCAUUAUUCCCUAAGAUCAAAUAUAUAUAGAGAGAGAAUAUUUAUAUGUUUCAGUAAAUGUCCACAACAAAAGAGCUCCCUACAUGUGUUCUCUUCUUCUGACAGUCAAAGCCUAACCAGCGAACUGUGUUCUCCCAUCUCAAGCUCAGAUCUGUUCUGCAGGCACUCCGCAUCAAAGUACUUUUUUUUGGCUCUUACAUUUCCCAUAAUCUCUUAAGACCCUGGAGCUGCCGUUGUACUGCAAAACGCCCUUUUUGUUAAGCCCAUAUUGAUCCAGACAAAAAUUGCACAGGUCUUAUCAAAACACGAAGAUGAGCAGACUGCAGAGAUCUGAGCUCACACACACUUUAUUUGAGCACAAAGAUCUUUGUUUGGUUUUGAAGUAAAAAGUUAAAGUUCAACCAUAUUUGCAAUGUAUAUACAGCACACCCUUCAUUAAAAAAUAAAUAAAUAAUAAUAGCUGCACCCAGAAGGAAUCAACAGACAGAUAUGAGACUGUAGUGGGUAGUUAUGAUAUCGUAGGACAGGAUUUUGAAAAUGAGUUUGAAAGUGAAUUAGGCAAGGCUCCAGGAAGCAGGAUUGUCUUUUCGAAGUUGUAUGCAUCACACCAGCCAAGCAGAUAUUACCUUAGCACACUGUUGGUGGAAGUGGAUAAUUAGUGGUGACUUCCAUGAGUCAUCCUGUUAGUGCCAACACCAUUGGCAGACGGAUGCACAGUGCAGGACUACCUCUAGACCAGACAUCCCAAGUUUCAAAAAUAUUUUUUCUGGGAGGCACCCCUGAACCUGCACUUGGACCUGGAGGGUCACUACAGAGUCAGAACUAACUGUGGUAUAAUAUUUGAAUAUUUCUGCAUGGGAUGGAUUAUUGCAGGACACUAUUAGGACUUUAUACAACCCAUGAAAUUCUUAAUUCAUUAUCAUUUAUUGUUCCUGGUAACCUUUAUCUUCCUUCUGAACAGGAUUGCAAUCUGACAUUUCCUUCUGUGUGCAACUAUUUAUUUAUUUUUAUUAUUUUUGAUGAUGAUGAUGAUGAUGAUGAUGAUAAUGAUGAGGGUAUUUAAGCUGAAAAAAAAAACGUUCCUAACUUUCAUUGGAAGUCAAUUUAAAAAUAUAUAUAUUUUAAGUCAUUUUGUUCGUUUUUAUUGGUUUUAUUGGUUCGUUCAUCACGAUCUUUUGAAACACUGUAUAUAACAACUGCAGAUUCACAUUAUAUCAAAAAGUGAAAAAUGAGGAAUGACAAAUGUUGUGUGAGAGUGAUGAUAUGUUCUGCAAAGUUUACACAUUUGUAAGAUUUUUGUUAGAUCUAAAUCUAAAAUCUUAGAUUUUUAACUUUUAUAUUUUGUGCUAAUGUAAGAAUGCUCCUUUAAAGAAACUCCAUGUUGUGUAUGGAAAUUUUUGAUUACUGGUUAUCGACCAUUUUUACACAGAUGCACCAGCCUUAGAGGUGAAGGUUAAUACAACUGUGUCGAAUCUGAAUUAUUCCAGUUUUCCAUCCCUGGAACCUCAGUUCCGUGAUGAUGACGCAGGCGUAACAGGGUAAUUGAUAGAGCACUAUGGGGAAUGGCACAGAAGAAGACACAAAGGUCGCUCUUUUGGCAGUGAUGCAGUGAUGAAGUGUGGAAAGAAAUCAUUAAGAACUGAGUCAUCAUCCUUGUGUUUGUACACAUUAUCUGUAAACUGUGUGUAUGUGUAAUUACAGCAGAUAGCAGCAGGGGUUUAUAGUGCUGUUUUAUUCAUCUAUACUUUGAGUGUUUUCUUAUUCUUUAUCUUCUAUUUGUCCUGAAGCUGAGAAUUACAAACAGAUUUGUUACAUUUCUUUGAUUUCUUGUUUUGCUGAUGUUGGAUCAUCUACAGAGUAAGCAUUCUUCAUAGGGGUUACACACAUGGUAAAAAAUUACAUUUUGUUGCUAAAUAAGAUUCAGUAAUAAUUGCGUUCAUUACAUUAGGUAAUCACUCAGUCACUCUACUAAUGCUUUUUCUUCUGGCCAACACAAAGUGCUGAUCUCAUACAUUCCUAAGUUUUUCUGGAAACAUGAACACCCUACUGUGUGGAGGUUAUACUUUAGCCUGGCUAUAGCUCUCACAAGAACCAACAGGCUAAUUAAAAAAAAAAACAAAGAAUAUGAUUUCUGUGACCAAGUGGCAACCUGGAUUAAAGUAAGUAAAUUUUAUGGGGUUGAUGCUGCAGUUGGUCAGGUCAAUGUUCAGCAACAGUGUAUGUACUAAAAAAUGAGGUCAGUAAAGUAAGAUAGUAUAGUAAUUAUGUUUCAAAAACAAAAAAUACUGUUCUUCAGGGUGGAUCUGGAUGAAUGUCGGACUAUGAUCUCAAAUUCACAGACAAUAUUUCUGCAGGAAUAUGAGAGAUAUUAUACAUAUUACAUUAUUUUCCUUGUUUGGUAAAAUUCACAUUACAUUUUCCCCCACAUUAGUUUAGGCCCCGCUGUUCCCUUAGUCAGUAGAAUAUUAAGAAACGUCCCUUUGUUGGUCUUCAAUUUUUUGUUCUGUUCUUUGAAAAUAAUAUUUAAAUUACUUCAUUUCUACUGGAUGUUCAAAACAGUGUGGUUCUACCUUUCUUUGCAAUAUGUUAAUAGACAUAUAUAUAUAUAUUCAGUAUAAGUCCUACUUGAAACACCAAAUCAAAGUUUUUUCCUUUGUAAUUUCAGAAAUGUAUAAGGUUCAUUUCAUACUGCUUUGGCUGUAUUACAUUCAUAUGUGUACUUUUUUCAUGUAUAGUUUUUUAUGUUUAUAUUUGAUUGCAUUGCUCUUAUCUUUAUGGAUUUGUUGGUCAUGUCAGCUUCUUAAACCAUGUCUGAGCAUCAUUGCAUAAGUGCUAACUGUGUAUAUAACAUGUGGAAUAUGAUGUAAUUAAUUUGUGAAAUGAUCUGUAUAUCUGAGUGUAGAAACUGGAAUAAUUACAGCUUAGUUUUUUUCA